GGUUGGUAUUUCGACCUAGUCUUGAAUAUGGCUAGUCGUGAGAGCUCGUUCGCAUCUUUUGUCAGCAGUAGCUCAUUAAAAAAUUAUUACUCACCGGCUUAGUCUCGAGUGGAUCAAAUGAAAUAAUUUACAAUGAACGAGUUAGUUUGUGAUUAAAACUGCGAUGGCUAAAGUCACAGUGUAUAAAAGCUGUUUUUGCAUCACGGCUACGUCAGUGACGCAAAGGAAAAUGGUUCUUGCUGUUUCGGUACAUGUUUGGUGACGAAUACACAAGCAUUAUAGUUUAGGUUAAAAACUAUUAAAUAGUUAGCUAAAAAUAUCAAGUGAAUCAAAAUGCGUGAGUUCAAAGUUGUUGUUUUGGGGUCGGGUGGCGUCGGUAAAAGUGCUCUUACAUUGCAAUUUGUUAGUGGGUGUUUUAUGGAAAAGUAUGAUCCGACGAUUGAGGACUUUUAUAGAAAAGAAAUCGAAGUGGAUAAUUCGCCGUGCGUGCUCGAGAUCCUGGAUACUGCUGGAACCGAGCAGUUCGCCUCGAUGAGGGACCUGUACAUAAAGAAUGGCCAAGGAUUUGUCGUAGUCUAUUCUCUGACUAAUCACACGACGUUCCAAGACAUUAAAAGCAUGAAGGAACUUAUAACUCGAGUUAAGGGAACCGAGCGUGUUCCAAUUCUGCUGGUAGCGAAUAAAUCUGAUCUGGACCAUCAGAGGGAAGUGCCCACUAACGAGGGAAAUACGCUGGCCCAGCAUUGGGGCUGUCCCUUUAUUGAGGCCUCGGCCAAAAACCGAACCAAUGUCAACGAGGUCUUUGCCGAAAUCGUACGAGAAAUGAACUUUAAUCCUGAAAAGGAGAAAAAAAGCUAUUGUUGUUGUACGGUACUGUAACACCGAUGUAUUGUUUAUUAUUACUAUAACCAUAUAAUCCUAAUGUUAAUUUUAUUUAGUGCAUACUUGUGAAGUUUUACCAGGUGUAUUCAAAAAUAGUGCUCAAUGUUAAAUUAAUCAAAAAAAACGUGGUCCCGUAACAUGUGGCGGCCAUUUUAAUAACGUGCUAUACGUCAUUCAAUAAACUGUCACAAUUUUGGCCUAAACGAAAUUUAAAAUCGGACAUGAGUGUUCCUCGAAGAAGUUGUCAAUAUGUGCUUAAUGGUGCCUAUUUAGUGCGCUCGAAUACUUUAAUGGAUAACAUUUGCAAUUUUACAAAUGAGCUGGAUAUUGGAUUAAAAUGAACAGUAGGUUAAACUCAUAUUUUGUUACAAAAUUGACAACUGGCGUGGUUUUUGGACUGCUCAAACCAGUUCGCAUUAUUAGUUAGUUCGACUUGGCGAAAUAUAUCAAAAAUUUGUAAUAUUUGAGCUUACGGCGCGACCACACAAAAUAUAUCAAUUAAUUAUCGGUAUACACUGUGACCAAUUACAAGAAAUUUUUAAUCUUUAAACAUAAUUUUAUACAUAAAUUUUAUGCUAAUGGAUGUAUAUGCAGGUACUUGAGGCUUUCUCAUUAAAUAAGUUAAAUGUUUGUAUGUAUAAAAAUAUUGUGCAACGAACCGGUCAAAAAUAAAGUCAUUGUUGUAAUAUUUUCAUUAUUACUACGAAUAAGUUACCAGACACACAGUGCAUUCAAAGAUCUAAAAAUCAUAGACAAAUAAGAUGAAAAAUUAUUUUUGAAAAAUUUAAGCACAUUUUGUAUUAAAGCCAAUGUAUUAUGAUAGAUCGUUUUUAUGUGUAGAAUUUAUUAAACAAUAUUUGUUAAUAUUUUGCAAGCCAAUCGACCAAUUUUUAAUUUAAUUCGCACUCAAUUCCGAAUGGCAUUUUUCAAAUAUUUAUUCCUGCAUGCAGUUUCUUAAGUGUCAAAUAAUAUUACCAGAUAUUGGAUACAUUUGCUAAAUAGAAACAUUUACAUACUGGUAUUGACUUUGAGAUUCCUAGCCAUUUUUGGUAAAAACAAAUGCUCAAUUUUUUCACAUACUUUAUGCUACGUUGUCGUCGAUACCGGAGGUGUAAAAUUGUACAGUUAAUUUUUAAUUCAAUGUAUAUAAGGCAAAUCCAAAAAUAACAAUAAUUUUUAAUGAAAAAUAUCUCAAUUAUGGGAAUUAUUCGAUUUAAGAGCUUUUCAAAUUGUUUCUAUUUUACAUCUAGUAUUAGGAUUAAUUAAAACAAAGACUCAAACGAAUGUUCAGAAUUUUAGUCAAUUAUAUUUAUGAACAAACUUUUCAAACCGUUUUUACAUGUUCAUAUAACAUUUAGCAAUGAUUUUGUUAUAGAUCUUAUUUGAAAUUGGAUUUCGACGUCAUAAUACGCGAGAAGAGCUCAUAAAUUCAAUAACGACCAAAAAUUAUAGAUUUUGAAUUGAUAUUAAUACAAAACGAACAAUAUCUUUAACUUUCGCGAAAACUAAUUUAAAAACUACAUUCUAUUAACCGAUCAAUAUUUUUUUAUGUGAAACGGAGAUUAAU